AUGAAGUACUUGGUGGUCCUCGCUGUUAUCGCUGUGGUUUUUGCUGCUGAGGAGGCGAAAGACGAAGAGAGGCCGAAGACCUUCAGAAGGCUGAUCCCGGCUGACGUUUUAAGAGGAGUGCUCAUGACAGUAUUAUUGUUACCGGACCUGACUGCGACAGAAGACGUUGUAUUAAUAGGUACUCAUUUAUAUCUAUGUCUGACUCUCAGUCAAUAUUGCAAUGGGCAAAAGACACUGCAUGAAAUUAAUAAAAUUAUCAAGAUCAAUAUCCUGCGGUUUCCCAAGACACUUCCCCGGCAUGUGCUUCGCUUCGACCCGCUGUGCGACCGUCGAGCCCGGCAACACCUGGGACCUGGCUCCCUUCUGCGGCCGCAGCACCUGCGUCGUCAGCGAAGACACGCCACCAAGGCUGCUGGAGCUGACAAGACCAACAAGACCGCGCCUUUCCCUGGCUGUUGUCCGAUCUUCACAUGCGAAGAUGGUGCCAAGUUGGAGUACCCCGAACUCCCAACUCCACCCCCAGAAGAGGAGAAGAAGGAAGAAGAGAAGCCCAAGGCCUAA